UAUGCGAAAUAUAUAAGUCUUGAAGUGUCAACCGGCCCAGCGCGCGCCGCUGUCAUUUGGCGUGCGCAUGAGGCAAAUGCAUAUCUUGGCAUCAAGGAAAAGCUCAGCUGCCCUGUGGCCAUAAAAAAAAAUAUCAAUGCCCUCUUCUGUUCAGCUCAGCUGCUUUGCUUUGUCAAAUAAUCUACUCCUCCAUGGAAAAGGAAAAGAAGCUGCUUUGCUUUGCUUUGCUUGCUCCAUCGAUGGGAAUGUGAUGCUUUGCUUUGCUUUGCUUGCUUCUCUCCACCUGAUGCUUUACCCACCUCCGGCUGCCAACGAGUACCCUGUGGCUGUGGCAUUGCUUCCCAAAUCCCAAUCCCUCCAGGCUCCAGCUCUUCCCUAGCACUGCCAUCACCCCGGUCGCCGCUGCCGUCCGCUGAUAUUUGUCACCACCGACUACUGGGCCGUGCAGUGCAUCCCAUCAAUCUCAGAGGUUGCUGACGCAGCGCUGUUCUAUAGCGGAAGGCCAGCAAGUUGACCAAUGGCGAUGGUGUUGGAUGCGUUUGCAUCCUACAUCGGAGACUACCUCAAGCAGGUGGUAGAAGAUGAGCUCGGAACGAUGCUGGGCGUCUCCAGCGAGAUCGACAAGUUGGACAACAAGCUCCUGGACCUCAAGAACUUCCUCGCAGAUGCUGAUAGGAGGAACAUCACCGACGAGACUGUCAAAGUCUGGGUGGGUCAGCUCAAGCGCGCCAUGUAUGAAGCUGCUGACAUCCUUGACCUCUGCCAGCUGAAAGCCAUGGAGAAGCGUGGGCCAUCCUCUGUAGAAGCUGGGUGUUGCAAUCCCUUGCUCUUCUGCUUGCGGAAUCCCUUCCAUGUUCAUGAGAUCGGCACCCGCAUCAAGGCACUCAACCAGAGGCUCGACUCCCUCAAGGAGCGGAGCGCUGCUUUCAACUUCAUCAAUCUUGCGUCCUACAAGGAACAUAGCAGCUCUCGUCAUGGUAAUCCCAGCCGUGAGACGUCGGGGGAGCUUGACAGGUCGGCUGUGGUUGGGGACAAGAUCGAAGAAGACACAAGAGCACUGGUGGCCCAGAUCACACGUUCUGGAAGUGAGGUCAGCAACAACAUUAUGGUGGUCGCUAUCGUAGGUGUUGGUGGGAUUGGCAAGACCACCCUCGCUCAGAAGGUCUUUAAUGACGAGGCCAUCCAAGGUGACUUCAGCAAAAAGAUAUGGUUGAGCGUCAACCAGAACUUUAGUGAGGUGGAGCUGCUGAGAAGAGCCAUCAUUGAAGUCAGAGGAGACGCUCAGCCAGUUGGAAAUGCAAAGGCCACGCUUCAACGAACCCUCAAGGAAGCCUUGAUUGGCCACAAGACCUUUUUGAUAAUGGAUGAUGUUUGGAACUAUAGAGCAUGGGAGGAUGUGCUCAAAACGCCGUUAGUCAAUGCUGCUGCUCCAGGCAGCCGCGUCCUCAUCACCACCAGAGAUGAAGGUGUAGCCCGAGGGGUGUCAGCUAUAUGGCCAUACCGCCACGUCGACACAUUAGCACCUGAGGAUGCUUGGUUAUUGCUCAAGACGCAGGUACUCUCAAGUGAGAUAAAUGAAAACCACAUAAAUACGCUAAAGGAUAUUGGACUCAAAAUUAUAACAAAAUGUGGGUAUUUACCACUUGCCGUCAAAGUAAUGGGAGGACUCUUGCGUGAAAGAGGAGGGCUACGUCGUGACUGGCAGCAUGUUUUGGAUGAUUCGAAAUGGUCAAGAACUAAAAUGCCUGAUGAGCUUAACUAUGCAGUAUACUUAAGCUAUGAAUAUAUGCCUUCUUACCUAAAGCAGUGCUUUCUGUACUACUCUCUUCUUCCUAAAAGUAGAAAAUUUAGUAUGGAUGAAGUUGUUGCAAUGUGGAUUAGUGAAGGAUUUAUUCAUGGAAAUUCUAAUAAUUUAGAAGAAUUGGGAGAAAAUUACUACAAGGAGUUGGUAUCUAGGAACCUGAUAGAGCCAGAUAAAUCGUAUGUUGAUCUAUGGGUUUGCAGCAUGCAUGAUGUUGUUCGCUCUUUUGGUCAGUAUAUGAUUAAAGAUGAAGCACUCGUAACUGAAGACGGAGACAACGAUAUUAUUCCUAAACUUGGUUCAAAAAAGUUUCUUCGGUUGUCCAUAGAAACUAACCAAUCACAAUCCGGUGAACUUGAUUGGAAAUCUCUACAGGCGCAACAGUCAGUGAGAACAUUGAUCUCAACUAUCCAGAUUAAGAUGAAGCCCGGUGACUCAUUGUUUACUUUUUCUAGUUUGCGGACUCUGCAUAUUGAAUCUACAGAUAUGGCUGUAUUGGUUGAAUCGUUGCAUCAACUCAAACACUUGAGGUAUCUAAGACUAGUAAAUGCUGAUAUAUCUGUACUUCCAGGGAACAUUGGCAAGAUGAAACUAUUGCAAUUCCUUGUCCUUGAAUGUAAUAAAUUGGUGAAUCUUCCUGAUAGCAUUGUGAAGCUCGGCCAGCUGAGUUUACUUUCACUUCCCGAAGAAAGUAUGGUACCUAGAGGGUUUAGAGCUCUAACAAAUAUGAGGAGACUAAGUAUGUUUCGAGCCCACAUGGAUGGUGAUUGGUGCAGUUUGGAUGAGUUGGGGCCUCUUUCCCAACUCAGAGUUCUUGGAUUAACUAAAUUAGAAAAUGUAUCUGCCGCCUCGUUUGCUGCUAAUGCUAGGCUCGACGAGAAGAUGCAUCUUAUCUGGAUAUUCCUGCAAUGCACAAGUAAACUGGGAGAUGAUGGGUUGGUCAAAGAGAAGGAAGGUGUCUCUGAGGAAGAGCAGCAGCGAAUCGAGAAGGUUCACGAUAAGCUCUGCCCUCCACCUGGUGUAGAACUUCUUCAAAUCGAGGGGUAUUUUGGUUGGCAACUCCCGAGCUGGAUGAUGUCCACAUCAAUGGUGCCCUUCAACAACUUGAAGACUAUAUUGUUUGAUGAUCUGGCUUGUUGCAUACAACUUCCCAAUGGGUUGUGCCAGCUCCCCAAUCUGCAGAUUCUACAGGUCUCCCGUGCUCCAUGCAUCAAACAUGUUGGGACUGGAUUCGUGCAGGCGACAACAGCUUCAUUUCCAAGGUUAAAUGAAAUGAUCUUGGACAGAAUGGUGGACUGGGAGGAGUGGGAGUGGGAGGAGCAAGUACAAGCCAUGCCCCGUUUGAGAAGGAUUCAGCUCAAAAAUUGCAAACUGAGGCAUGUUCCUCCGGGCCUUGCCUCCAAUGCAACCUCUUUGAAAAUAUUAUUUCUAGAACAUGUCAAGCAGCUCAGCUACAUUGAGAGCUUCCCUUAUGUUGUUGAGCUUAUAGUGGAUGGAUGCGCCGACCUGGAGAGGAUCACCAAUCUCCCCAAUCUGCAGAAGCUUACCAUCAUUAGCUGCCUGAAGUUGAAGGUGUUGGAGCAUAUCCCUUCACUCGAGAGGCUGCUCUUGCAGGAUUACACCAUGGAAAAACUCCCAGAAUACAUGCGAGACAUAAAGGCAAGGCAUUUGCAGUUAUUCUGCAGGCUAUGGUUGCUCUCUGCGAUAGCCGUUGGACAAUCUGGCACUGAGUGGGACAAGUUAAGCCAAGUGGAGCAUGUCAAGGCAUAUGCAGGUGAUGGGGACAGCCAAAGAAAAUGGUACUUUUUGUACACGAGAGGAGACAACUGCAAGUUGGAUUCAAAUAUUAGCCGCUCUACUGUGUUUGAAGAAACCUUAUCAACUUCUAUGGUGGAUGCACAAGGAUUUGAGUCUGUGUACAAAAUGAGAAGAAGCACCUUCAGUUACGUCUGCAGCUUGGUGAGGAUCCCAUUUUUGGAAAAUAUGAUGGCAAGGGAUCACACCUUUGUUGAUGGGAGAUUGCUGUCUUUGCAAGACGGAGUAGCUGUCGCUCUGAGGGUACUGAACUCCGGUGGCUCUCCGGUUACCGUAGGAUCCUCUCUUGGUGUGAACGAGUCAACUGUGUUGCUGGUAACUCAGGUGUUUGUUGAGGCUAUGUGGGACCGAGCAAUGCACCACUGUAGCUGGCCUGGCUCCACUAAACUGGAGAAGAUCAAGCACAAGUUUGACAAGAUCCACGGCCUUCCGAACUGCUGCGGUGUUGUUCAUACAGAUCACAUCACGUUUGGAUCACAAAACCAUGACCAUGAGGAGAACGACGUUGUGCUAGUGCAAGCCGUUGUUGAUCCCGAUAUGAGGAUCACGGAGCUUUGGAUGGACGGUGAUCUCCUGGAGUGCAUUGAGAAAUAUGCUUGGCUGAAUGGCGGUAAGCUGAAGUUAUCAGAUGGCUCGGAGGUCGGGGAAUACAUCAUUGGUGAUGCAGGAUAUCCUCUUCGUCCAUGGCUCCUCACACCUUACCAGUUAGAAAAUGGUCUCCCACUCUCAGAGUCCAAAGUUGAAUUCAACAGGAGACACUCUGCAGCUACAUCCGUCGCGCCGAGGGCGUUGGCAAGGUUGAAAGACACGUGGAAGUGCCUACAGGGUGAAGGGUGGCAGCCCAAUAAUCAACGUGAGAUGCACCGGACAAUCCACACAUGUUGCGUGUUGCAUAACUUAGUGAUAGACAUGGAGGAGGAUGAGGGUGCAAGCAUGCCGAGCGGCCAGGAGGGGAUUUACAUCGAGAAAGUGUGGAAGGUAGCAGAUGAGGAUGCCGUCAGGGUGAGGGAUGCUCUGGCCCAGCACUUGAUCGGAUCUGGAGUCCACACAAUGGCUGCAGAGCAGGAACAAGGAGAAGUAGCAGCAGUUGCAUCUGGUUCAGGAGAUGGAAACAAGGAACAAGAAGGCAGAUCGAGGAAAGGAGAAAGUGCAUGAUAGCUAGCUAGAGAGGUGAGACCAUUCUUAUUUCUCGCCGCGGGGACAAGUCGCAGUUCUCUUCUUAGUUCCUAGUCUGCAUGUACUGUAUUGGCUAAAGUGACUAGUCAUUCAAUUGAUAGCAUGAUUUGGGCAGUUAAUUAGCAUCUCUACGACACUAGAUAGGUGUUGUGUCAUUUAUAUUGUUGGCAGUAGUAAGGUUUUGUGAUUCAGAAAACGACUACUCGUAGUAAUAAUGUAGCUGCAUGGAUGUUAGGGAUCAAGUAAUUGAUUUGGCAUUCACUGCAUUUUGCAUUUUCAGUGACUGUCACAAGUCUCGUGCACUUCAAUUCGUGACUGCUGCAUGUUGCCUGGAGGUAAAUUGGGGCAAGUUCAGAUUCAUUUUCGGUAGUUGUCAUCUUGUUCUGCCACCAGUAGCAAGAUGUUGUUACGGUGCUACUGCUAGCAGCGAUUCCCAAUCUAGUUCUUAAUUUGCAUCCUACGUAUCAAAGUUCAUUCCAGUCAUACCGUUAACUCACUCGGAAGGAAGCUAAACUGAUUGACUGGUGCCUAUUAGCAAUACGCAAAGCCAAACAAAAAACCUACACAAUUGCAAGAAUUCGGCAAUUUAAUUAGCAGAUAGCUCUACACUAGGUACUACUUACUGUGUACCACGAUGCACUUAAUAAACCAAGCUCAAGUCUCAUGAUCUAGUUUAAAUCUACCU